AUGCGCCCACCCCUAACCACUGGCCAUGGGCAGGAGGGAGAGGAGGUGCCUCUGUCAGGAGCCGUGUCGCUCUGCAAUCCCUUUGACCUCGUGCUGGCUGAUCGGAACUUCCACAUCGGAUUCAACAACUUCUAUGAUCAAAGGCUGGGAUCGACACUGAGGAGUAUUUACGCCAACCACGCGCCUCUGUUUGAGGGCCUGGGGGGCGAGUACGACAUUGCGCUCGUUGCACGGGCCAAGACUGCGCUGGAUGAUCCCAUUGCACCUGCAGACGGCAUUCCGUACGAGGCUAUUGAGCAAAACCCCCUCACAAUGCUUGUCGGCACAUCCCACGGCGGCCAUCUGGGCUGGGUGGCAGGACCUGAAGCUCCAUUUGGAGCCCCUUGGCCGGACGUACUCACCAUGGAGUUCCUGGAAGGGCUGGAGAAGCGGGCGGUUGAGGAUGAAGGCGAGGGUAUUCCCCAGGAAACUGCUUAUGAGAAGUUGUUUGGGCAAAAGGAGGAGUUGGAAGUGGUUGGAGAGGGUUCGGCGGGUGGUGAGGGCGGUCGGGGUCGUGAUGCAGGUGGCGAGGGAGGAAUUAAGGUGUCAUGGUAA